GAUAUCUAACUCAAACCCCACAGCUCCGAAGUUCACACGCGCCGUAUCUUUAAAUUGAUUUUUUACUUGAACAACGUGCAAUUAGCCUCUAGAUAUAGAAUACUAUCUAGCCUCAGGAAAUCAGACAACUCAUCAAAUGUGCAGAUAUAUUCACGUGUGCUAUAAGCUAUGUCCCUACACGCAUUCAAAAUACACACCCAUCUCCGUUUGCCCUCGCGCUAAAGAAAGGCAGAAAGUAUGUUCAUGGGAAACCGCAAGGCUUGGAAUGGGGAUCGAUACCGGACUUUCACAGGUGGUUGAAGAAAAAGGAACUUGCGAUGCGUGUUCUCGGAGUGCUAGAAAGGCUAGAGAGAAGGUAAGAGCACAACUGGUCGGUAUGGGCAUUAGACGAGGGAGGAAUGGCGAAGGAAAGAAAAAGGGCGUUGAAAAUACAGUUGCCAGGAUAGAAGGCCCGGUUGGAGGACCAAAAAUGCUGGUCAAGACCCACAUUCCGGAAGACAUUGAGAUCGUCAAUCUCGAAAUAUCAAUCGAUCCUGCGCAUGGCGACAUCACAUCUCAUUACCCCCCUAUAAACACAAGAUCUAAGGGCAGAUACGACGGUAGAGAGCAUCAUCGUUCAUCAAGCUCUGAUAUCCCGGCAGGAUGGUGUGAUUUGGGUUUAGAAAUGUAACGGUUGCCCUCUUCUUUUUUGACAUUUCUUGUCGGUGGAUUUAUAGCAGGUAAGAUUUUAAUGAAUUAAGUAUCACCA